UAAAUAUUUUAGUUUUUUUGGGGGGUGCAGUUAAGAGACUUUUAUUUAACAGGGUGAUUCAUCCAGACAUAACUGCUCCAUCUUAAUCCAAAGAAGUAGCUAAAAUCACACAAAAUACAAUGCUGUUAGCUCUAUGCUGCGAAAAGGCCUAAGUGGUUGAUUUGUAUCUGGAAAGAAAUUGAAGAGAGUUUAUAUUUUCAGCUUAAUGUGGAAUUUGUGUAAACAAAGUGCUAGUUGUGGUGAUACCGCAGGGAGGGGUUGGAGGCUCACGGCUCGAAGCGUUGAAGCUGCAUCGGAUGGAAGCGUCUUGCGUCCACACCGCGAUGGCUAUGGGUCUAACGUCGAAAAAAGCGUCUAACAGAAACGUGGCGGUGGAGCGCAAGAACCUCAUCACUGUCUGCAGGUUUUCAGUAAAGACUCUAUUGGAGAAGUACACAGCUGAACCUAUUGACGACUCAUCGGAAGAGUUUGUUAACUUUGCUGCAAUCUUGGAGCACAUACUCAGUCACCGCUUCAAAGGUCCAGGUGGUUGGUUCAGUUCAGAUGGACAGAGGAGUUUCUGGGAUUAUGUUCGCCUGGCCUGCAGUAAAGUUCACAACAACUGCAUCAGUAGCAUCGAGAACAUUGAAAACAUCAGCACGUCCCGAGCCAAGGGCCGGGCGUGGAUUCGCAUGGCCCUCAUGGAGAAGCGUUUGUCUGAAUACAUUGCCACAGCCUUAAGAGAUACUCGGACCACGAGAAAGUUUUAUGAUGAUGGUGCCAUCAUGCUGAGAGAGGAAGCUACAGUCCUGACAGGGAUGCUGAUUGGACUUAGUGCCAUUGACUUCAGUUUCUGUUUGAAGGGAGAGGUAUUGGAUGGGAAGACACCUGCUGUGAUUGAUUACACACCAUACCUGAAAUUUACCCAGAGUUAUGACUACCUUAGUGACGAGGAGGACCGGCGCAGCCUGGACAGCAGUGCGAGUGAAGACAGCGUGGCUGAACAUCCCUACAUUCCUCUGGUCACUGAUGAGGAGAGCUGGAGCACCAGGUGUCGCAAGAUGGAACAGAGGUUCAAGAUCGUCUAUGCCCAGAAGGGUUAUCUGGAAGAAUUGGUGCGACUGCGAGAGUCACAGCUGAAGAAUGUAGAGACAGAGAAUAAGAGACUGAAUGCGAAACUAGAGGAUCUGCAAAUCCAGAGCCAACAGGAGAAGAAAGAGCUUGAGGCCAUUAUUCUGGAGCUACAAGCACAACUGACUGGUGUUAUUCCAUGUGAACCAGCCCAUUUGUCAAAAGACCUGUCAGUCUCCUUGGUUAACCAGUGGCCAUCCACACAGGCUACAAACAACCAAAGGGAUGUAAAGCUAUUCCGCCGGAGAAGUUUUCACAGUCUCAGCCUCUCUGGUGAAGUCAGUCUGAACUCAAAAGAGUCUCCGAAGACAGAUGGGAAACAAAAUGGAGACAGUGACUGGUGCUCAGGAGUGAAAGACACUACUCCGUCUAUGCUGGGCCUGUGUGGGUCUCUGGCCUCUUCACCAAGCUGCAAGUCUCUGGCCAGUCUUAAAUCCAGCGAAUAUUUGGUGAACAUCAGUGCUGAGCCCAGCCCUGCCCUCUCCCCCAGCUAGGGCUCACAAGAGUUCAUUCUCACUAGUGACGAAAAAACAUAAAACAUUCCCCCCCCUUCUCUUUUCUUCUGACUAGAGAUUCAUUAUUUCUGUCUUCCACCACUGUGCAUCCUCAUUUAUUCAUAUUCUCAAAUCAUCUCAUAAAUAAGUAAUAGUCUCACUGUUCUGGAGAGGCAUGUCUUUCUCGGUUUGUAGCUUCCUUACUGAGAAAGUGUUGAAUACUGGCAUGAACCACCAUUAUCCCCCAAUUUCUGAUCAACUCCAUAUAAUCUCCGGUCACUAUAUUCCUCCCAUCCACCGCUCGCCUUCAUUACAUGAUGAGAGAGAAUGAAUUUAUGCUCAUCUGCAUGAGAUCAGACCUCCAUCCUGAACGACUGUACAUGUAUUCACUGAUGUGCUUGUGCCACCUACAGUUAUGCCUGAUGUUGUGUAUGUGGAGGUAGCAGCAAACUUAAACUCCUGUGGUUAUUUUAUGUUUAUGAAGCUUUGAUUGGCUUGAGGAAUUGUGCUGCUUUGUUUAUACAUAUAUACAAUAUACAUAUAUUUUGUUAUGUAGUGGUAGUGCUUUUUGUCCAUCAAUAAAAUGGCCGUCAUUUUCAUUCAAACUCGACUGACGUUUUUUCCACCACAGUUUUAUUGCUUACUUUUCUGCCUUUCUGCUUUUACUGAGAUGAGAGUACUGAGAAAGUCAAGAAUGUCCAGGAAUCCGUUUUCUUUUUGAGGAAUAAAGCUCAGACUUUGGCUUUGUGAACAGGAAGUGUUCAUUAUGUAUUUUGAACAAUAAAAGUUAUAGAUAUAUGUAAAGCUGU